GUUGGUGAACAAGUUGGUGUUCUUCUCUCUAAUUGGCUCAUAAUAAUCUCCGGGACUGAUAAAAGGUGCUCUAAAUUCAGCUGCAACUAUAGUCCACCUUGGCACAUAGUAGUUUGAAAGACGAACAAAUAAAAUAUAAGUUUUCAGGCAGCAAAAUGAAGCUUCUCCUUCUCACAACAUUUGUAGCAACUAUCUGCUACGUCAAUGCAGGCAAGAAGCAGAGGAUGUUGGCGGCAAUGAUGGCAGGUAUGAACGGAGGACUGAUGCCAGGUAUGAAUGGAGGACUGAUGGGAGGUAUGAACGGAGGACUGAUGGGAGGUAUGAAUGGAGGACUGAUACCAGGUAUGAAUGGAGGACUGAUGGGAGGUUUGAAUGGAGGAAUGGCAAACGGAGCAAUCCCUGGGAUGAUGGCCAGAGGCCUGAACCCACCCAUGGUAGCUGGUGGUGGCGCAGGUUUCCUUGGGCAGCCGCAGUUUGCUCAGUUUGUUCCUGGACUUCCUGCUUUUGCUUUACCAGCUCCCAUUGCCAAUGUGUACCCUGUCCCUGGAGUCAAUGCGCCUCCUAUCGUGGGAGUCCCUCAAAUGCUACCAAUGAAUCUUCCUCAGCAGCCUCUGAUGGGAAACACAGGUGGUGCUAUGCAACAGCAGCUUCAGCCUGAUCCACUCAGAAGAUUCAGGCGUCAGAUUAUGAAACAAGACAACACCUUAAAGACCACUGUGGACACUCAGAUUCCAGCUCCUGCUGCAACAAUGACAACAACUCGCUGUGAUGAAGGUCGUCGUGAAAAUAACUAAGAUGACACUGUUAACAAUAACUUUUGAUCAAAUAUGCAGGAAUUAUCAAAGUGAUAAUUAAACUUUACCUAUAUGAUCACUAAUGAUCAUGAAGCUUUAGGUGUGUUAAGUAUUAUUUUGAAAAUCACCUUAGAAAGGAGCUGAAUAGAAAACAAUAGAUGUAUGUACUGUACAUGUUAACUGUCCAAUAAUAAUAAAUUACACUUUGAUUUAAA